AUGACUCUGGACGUUUCUGAGCGACGCUGGUGGAAGGAGGCGGCGGUGUACCAGAUCUACCCGUCGUCGUUUGCGGAUCACGCAGACGGGGGCAACGGUACGCUCCGCGGCAUCCUCAGCAAGGUCGACUACCUCAAGGACCUGGGGAUCGACGUGCUCUGGCUCUCGCCGAUCUACACCUCGCCCAUGGCGGACAUGGGCUACGACAUCAGCGACUACCAGGCCAUCGACCCGCGUUACGGCACCCUCGAGGACUGGGACGCUCUCCGUGACGCAGUUCACGCCCGUGGCAUGAAGCUCGUUAUGGACCUGGUUGUGAACCACUCGUCCAACGAGCACGCAUGGUUCCGCGAGUCGCGCUCGUCCAAGACUUCGCCCAAGCGUGACUGGUACAUCUGGCACUCUGGAAAGGUCAAUGAGGCCGGUGAGCGUGUGCCGCCCAACAACUGGCGGUCGACCUUUGGGGUAGGCUCGACAUGGGAGUGGGACGAGGGAAGCGGCGAGUACUACCUCCACACGUUCCUCAAGGAGCAGCCCGACUUGAACUGGGAGAACCCCGCUGUACGCGAUGCCGUGUUCGAGAUGAUGCGGUGGUGGCUCGACCGAGGUGCGGACGGUUUCCGGAUGGACGUCAUCAACUUCAUCUCCAAGGCUGAGGGUUUCCCAGACGCGCCAAUUACCGACCCCAAGGAAAUCUACCAGCCCUUUGGAAACCUCUCCAUCAAUCGUCCGCGCGUUCACGACCACCUCAAGGAGAUGUACGAAAAGGUGCUCAAGGACUACGAUUGCUUCUGUGUUGGCGAGUGCCCUGGAUCCGAGGGGCCCGACUCGUUCGCCCUGUACUCCGAGCCGAGCCGUAACGAGCUCCAGAUGGUUUUCACAUUCCACCACCAGUGCUUUGACCGGGGUAACGGUGGCUUCGGGCGCGGUUGGAACGCAGACUGGAAGCUGAGCGACCUCAAGAAGGAGUGGAACAGAUGGCACACGGAGCUGCCUAAGCGUGGGGGUUGGUUUGCAAACUACCUCGAAAACCAUGACCAGCCACGGAUGAUUACGCGUAUGGCGUGUGAAUCCCCAGAAAACCGCGCGAGGAGCGGCAAGCUGCUCGCCCUCCUCCAAUGCUCCCUCACUGGUACCAUCUACGUGUACCAGGGACAGGAACUGGGACCGGUUAACGUGCCACACGCCUGGGGAGAGGAGGAGUACAAGGACGUCGAGAGCAUCCAGCUCAUCCAGGGCGAGCGGGCGUACCUCGAGCGUGUAGGGAUCACCGGGUCCGAGGCGGACGAGUACAUGGCGGGCGUGUUGCGCGACUUGCGGCAGACGGCGCGCGACAAUGGCCGCACCCCUGUGCAGUGGGACGACUCCAAGCACGCCGGCUUCACGGCUGGCGAGCCGUGGAUGCGUAUCCACGAAGACUACCCGGAGUGGAACGCCGCCGCACAGACAAAGGACGCCGACUCAGUACGUAGCUUUUGGAAGAAGAUGCUCGCUCUGCGCACCGAGUACCCUUCGCUCGUGUAUGGCAAGUUCACUCCGCUCGACGAGGAGUCGAACGACAACUACUGCUACACGCGCGAGUGGCCCGAGACGGGCGAGAAGCUCCUCGUGCUCCUCAAUUUUAAACGCGACGAUGGCACCGGCGGCCCGAUCACCAUCGACACGGCCAAGCUCGGCGUCGACACGACUGGCGCGCGCCUCAUUGCCUCGAAUGACAACGCCAAGGAGGGGUCCGGAAUCAACGGGCCCGUCACACUCGAGCCCUGGUGCGGGCGCAUCUACCUCCUCAAGGAGGGCAAGAACCUGCCCAACUAG